AUGGAGUUUUUCGAUCUCGGUAAACACUUCGAAAGGGUUGCCAUCCCAGGUGGUGCAAGUCGAAUGUUCAGGAAAUACGAAUCUGACUCUGAUGACGAUGAGUCCGUUUACUCGAUUGCAACGGGUACAGAUUACGUCACGAAAUACGUGAAAGAAGAGAACAAGUCCUUCAUUGAGAUGGUUGCCCAAGGAAGAACAAUCGGUGGCGAUUAUGGUAGCUCAGUCUGCGAUCUUGUAUCGCACGGCACCAUCCCAAAUAUUCACGAUGUGAACAAAGAAAAAUUAACGAAAGUUUACAAAACAUUCAAUUUUGCUUAUCGACCUAAAGCCACGCUGACUAUAACCUCUAUGAAGGAUCACAUUGUUUCAAUGAUCGAAACAAACCAAUGCGUCGUCAUCCAAGGGCCGACCGGAUGUGGCAAAACCACUCAAGUGCCUCAGUUUAUUCUCAACGCUUGUUUUGAUAAAAAAAUACACUGCAAUAUCGUAGUGACACAACCGAGGCGUAUAGCUGCGAUAAGUAUUGCAAAGCGAGUAAGCGAAGAGAGACACUGGCCCGUAGGAACGUUAGUAGGAUACCAAAUUGGUAUGGUGAAUAAUACAUCUGAGGAUACACGACUGACUUACUGCACAACCGGUGUCCUACUGGAAAAGUUGAUCAAUACUAAACAUAUGAUGGAGUUCACACAUAUUAUUUUGGACGAAGUACACGAACGUGAUCAAAACAUGGACUUUCUCCUGUUAGUCGUGCGAAAAUUGUCGCGACUGAAUUCGCAUCCCGUCAAGAUUAUUCUCAUGUCAGCCACUUAUAACAUUGAGAAAUUUGCCAGCUAUUUUUCAGUACCUAUUGGUAACAAACUGGAACCGGCACCAGUUAUAGACGUUACAAAAAAGAAUUACUUCAAUGUAAAUAUCUUUUAUCUCGACCAGCUCUCACAACUGAGCCCUCUUCCGGAAGUCUCGAUAGAUGAGCCGACCAUCACACCCAAAAUGACGCGUCUCUGUCUGAACUUGAUUAUCGUCUUAGACUCCAUAGAUAGCCAGGAAUUGAAGAAUAAGAAUUUGGAACAAAACACGAAUCGCAGUGUCAUACUUAUCUUUUUGCCUGGCAUAUUUGAGAUUGAGGAAAUGUAUAACAUCUUGAAAGCACCAGAGAAUGAUGGACAUUGCUGGGAUGUUCUAGUCAUGCACUCUUCGGUCACAAACGAGGAACAACAACGGGUAUUUCAGCUGCCACCGGUGGGCUUUCGCCGAAUUAUACUGUCUACCAACAUUGCCGAGAGCAGCAUAACUGUUCCUGAUGUAAAAUAUGUAAUUGACUUCUGCCUUACAAAGCAACUCGUUACCGAUCCAACGACCAACUUCCAAUGCCUGGAGCUAACCUGGGCCAGUAAAGCUAGCUGCAAACAACGUGCUGGACGGACAGGGCGUGUUAUGGAUGGAAGAGUGUAUAGACUCAUACCUGAGGAAUUCUAUAGAACGGUUUUGCCGGAGGAGAGUAAUCCAGAAAUGCUCCGAGCGCCUCUAGAAAGUCUAGUUCUCAAAGCUAAAUUACUCGACAUGGGUGAACCUAAAGCGAUUUUAGCCCUUUCCCUAGAUCCUCCAGAUCUUAGCAACUUGGAACGUACGAUCUUGUUACUCAAAGAAGUCGGAGGAUUGGUCGAUUUACCGGAAAACUCUUACAAUAAAAAAUAUGAUGGCCACUUAACUGACCUUGGUAGAAUCAUGGCUCGUAUUCCCGCCGAUAUCAGGGUAGCCAAAUUAUUCAUAUUAGGACACGUUUUCAGCGUCCUCAAAGAGUCUAUAAUUAUCGGUGCCAGUAUGUCAGUCAAAAGUAUGUUCAAUACACCGUUUAGAGAAAAAUCAGAGGCCUACAACGCUAAGCUCACAUGGGCGGACAGUUCUUGCAGCGACUGCAUUGCAUUUUUGAAUGCAUACAACGUAUGGAUCGGAGAAAAAAUGAGAGGUAGAUUCCGUACAAAUGUCGAUGAGAAAAAUUGGGCUCAAAGUCAUUUCAUACAGAUCAGGGUUCUCCGUGAAGUGCACGUAAUGGUACAGGAGAUUGGGAGGAAAUUAUCCAAAAUGAACAUUAAUGAAACAGUGGGUGACAAAAGAGUUAUGUAUAGCAAUAUGGAGAAGCCACUGGUUAUCAAAUUCCUAAUUGCGGGUGCAUUCUACCCAAACUACUUUGUACGGCGACUUUCCGGUGGAAAAGCUGACGAACGUGAGGCUGUGAAAUUAGUUGGUGGGAACGAUCCUGCAAACUCGGUUUAUUUGCAAGGAUGGCCGACACAGCAGCCUGGUGUGUUAUAUGCGAGACAGUUUCAAAAAAUCUUCAGGAACUGUUCGAGCUCCCAUGUCAGCAAAACCCUGGUGUCGUUCGAUGGAUCCAAUCGUGUUUACAUACAGUUCAACAACCAGCAAGAUAUAAUUGAAAAGCAGCGCCAGCCAAGGAUGCCAGGGAAAAUAUCUCUCGCUGUCUACAAGGCCCUCAAAAUGCGACAAGACCAUAUCCCUAUUGUUGUACGAUUGCUCGAUCCAGCUUCUGCUCUUAAAAAAGCCACUGAACUUGGCCUGCCAACUGUAAACGUCACCUCUUUUGCACUAAAUGUCGAAUCCAAGGACAAAUUUAAGGGUAAAUCAGCUUUGAGCCCUGUUCUACCUAGUCUAGAUGUUUCCUACAUUCCCAUAUUCAUUACAUCGGUCGAAGAUCCGGGUUGUUUCUGGGCUCGGAUUUUAGACGAUAAAACGACGGAUGCAAUGAAAAAAAUAAAUGAUCUCAUCCUAUCGAUACAGCUGAAACGUAUUGACACAACGGAAAAGGUACCAAUAAACUCGCUGGUAAUCGCUCCUCUCGAAGAAAGUGGGCGGGUGAACCGUCACAGAGCAACGGUUUCAAGCCUCUACCCAGUAGAACAAGAUAUUCUGGUCCAAAUAUUAUACAUUGACUUUGGAAUUACUCGAAGAAUUUCGCUACGAGAUUUAUGUAUGGUUGACCAAAAUAGUGGGCUUUAUGAGAUCCCAUGCCAAGCUUUCAAGUGUGUCUUAGCAAAUGUACAACCCUCUGCGCUACACAGUUUGGAUGGUCAGUGGUCAGAUGAGGCUCGUCAAAAGUUCCAAAAACUUUUGUUUGGACCAAUAAAGUUAUUCGGCGAAAUAUAUUCUGUUGUUCAGAAUGUUGUAGCGAUAAAACUUCAUCGUGUUGAUGACAAAAAUGAAAAAAUUAUUAUCAACGAAUUUUUGAUAAAUAAUGGUUUUGCUCAAUUCAGAGAGGAGAAUUACCUUUCAAGAUGUAAUAACGAACUGCGGGCCCAGCAGGCGGGCAUGGAUUUCAAACAACGAUACUAUCACGAGCAGCAGCAGUAUGAUAACUCCAAGAGGCAAGAAUAUCCUCACGACCUGACAGAAUCACACUAUUCCAAUACCGUCAGACUCAAAGGCCCAUACUCUCCACUUGAAAUGGAGCUCGUAAAUUUAGUGUCCGCGGGUAGAACAAAAAAGAUAAUCAUCGAACCAAACUCUGUGAAUUCUGUACUCUUAGAUACAGAUCCGGCAGAUUGUCACGAACGACUGUUAGUUGCUGGAGUUGUAAGUCAAAACGUUACCGGAGAGAGACUCUGCCUGAGGAACACAACUCUCAUGCCCAACAUUUAUGGCUUGCCUAGCCUGAUCGCACUUAUUUUUGCACCGACUAUGGAACUGCGUAGAAACGAACUAGGAUCUCGUUAUAUCGGAGCUCUUUGUGGCCUAGGUUACGAUCCAAAGACGAACAAGAGCCUCUUUCCAGAUCACGAUAUGACUGUCACCUUUGACACAGAGAUCACCAUGUCUGAUUUACAGGAAAUCAAUAAACUUCGACACUGGAUGAAUUUGGGCAUUCACAUUGAAUUGUCUGAGCAAAGCCAAUCUGAAAUCGCUUUUUGCCAAAGAAAGGCAAAGGAGGUUUUGUUGGGAAUCAUUGGUAAAAAAAGGAAGUCCCAAGAGAUCCAGACGUGCAUGAACUUCGCAAAAUGGAAUCAGAACCCUUCCGAUCUACUUCUGGUUCCAGGAAAGGGUGGACCCCCUACCAGUACAAUUUACAAAUUUCAUUCUGCGCUAGACUUGAAUAUUCUCCCUUCAGGGUACGAAGAAAUGUGCUUCCAUUUACAAGAGCUGCGCAACAUCGCCAACGGGUACGUCUACGAAGAACUUCUGAAUCCGAUCGACUGUAAGUUAUGUACACUCUGUAUACGAGACAUUGCUCAGCUCAGGAUGCACCUGAGUAGACCUGAACACAAAAAGAAGUUGGAGGGGUUUUUGAUCUCUAAGCCUGCUCUCGCAGCACAACAUAUAAACUAACAUGCGUGCAAAAGGUGGGACACUUCUGAGCAUUAUGGUUUGUGUGUUUCAUCAUUUGACAACAGGCAGCUCGAAUCGCUACCUCAUAACAAAUAUGUUACCACAGGAAAAAAAUAUAUUUCUGUUAGCUUUUUAACUAUAAUUAUGUGUAAUCCAAAGUUUAAUAGUAUCAUUGAGAGAGAAAGAGUAAUAGUUUCAGAAAAAUCUUGCUCAAUAUUCUUGGCAGCGUGAUAAGGAAGAGACUGAAAACGUAUAAAAGCAUCGCGUAGAGAUGACUUUGUGUGAUAUUAAAUCAUGUUUUUUCAUGUUACAAAAGACAUAUAUUAAGUUUUCAUAAAUUUUGUGACUCGUUUUGUUUCCAUUUUGCUCUCACGUACUGCGCUGUAGUUGCUACCAAAUCGACAAGGACCAAGUCUUUACUUUUACCAGUAUUGUAACUUUAAACGACAGCUAUACGUGAGGAUAAAUUGUCAAUGCCAAUAAAUAAUAGUACUAUUUCAUAAAGAACGUGGUCAUUGUAUACUUUUAUUAGUGUCCUUCGGUGUAUAUUAUUAUAUUGAACACAUUACAUAAAGAUUACCUACUAAUUUUCAGUGU